AUGGCGGCCAGAAUGCAGCAAGGCGGGCGUCCCGGCGGUGCUCGAUUUGCGCAGUUCAAGCUGGUGCUUCUGGGAGAAUCUGCCGUCGGAAAGAGUUCACUCGUACUGCGCUUCGUCAAGGACCAGUUUGAUGACUACAGAGAGUCCACCAUCGGCGCCGCCUUCCUCACACAGACCAUCGCCCUCGACGAGCAGACUACAGUGAAAUUCGAGAUAUGGGACACGGCAGGGCAGGAGCGGUACAAGUCACUAGCACCCAUGUACUACCGCAACGCGAAUUGCGCAGUCGUGGUUUACGAUAUCACACAAGCGAGCUCGUUAGACAAAGCGAAAGCGUGGGUCAAAGAGCUUCAACGACAAGCCAACGAGAACAUCAUCAUUGCGCUCGCAGGCAACAAGGCCGACCUUGUUGCUGAGCAGCCCGACAAGCGUGCAGUUCCUACCGCCGACGCCGAAGCCUACGCAAAGGAGGCCAAUCUUCUAUUCUUCGAGACCAGUGCCAAGACAGCAGAGAACGUCAAGGAGCUUUUCACAGCCAUCGCAAAGAAGCUUCCGAUCGAGCAAGCGAGCCAAAAGGGUAUGCGUGGAGCGGCUGCCAGGCCAGGAGGUGUAGAUCUGGGCUCAAGGCAAGAUCCGGGUGCUUCAGCUGGCGGACCCGGCGGGUGCAACUGUUAG